AUGUGCAUACCAAGCCCAGGCACUGAACGGACCUGGUUCACUCUCAUCUACCCGAUUACUUCCAAGAAUUCAAAGAGUGUAAUCAUGGUUGCUCUGUCGUCUGUCCUGCUUGUUGCGGGCCUUGCCAGUCACGCUAAGGCCAGUCCUACCGGGCGUUCAACCGUGGAUCUCGACCAGGCCACCAUUACUCAGGCUGUCGGAUACUCUCCUAGCCUCCCCAAAGGUCUUGUCAAGCCAAAGGUUACACCACCAACACCGAUAAUCAGACAAUUUACGCCAGAGGAGUUCGAUGCAUGGGCCGUCAAUGUUAGCAGUACUGUCACUGCACGCUCGGCAGGCAAGAUAGCGCAUGAGAAACGUAUCAUUGGAACCGACGAACGAUACUAUCAGUCAAGCUCCGCGUAUCCCUUCGGCUCUAUUGGCCGACUCUACAUGCCCGUCACUGGUGGCUAUGCGUGGUGCACCGGUACACUUGUCGGCCCGCGACUUAUGGCCUCCGCUCGUCACUGUAUCGAUUCCGACGCACAGUACUUUUUGUUCGAGCCAGGCUACAACAAUGGCGACGUCUUCCCGUCCGCUUAUGUUACUGAGAUUGUAUCACUCGCAGCUGAUAGCUCGAUCGGGACCUGUGACCUGAAGAACGACUGGGCGCUCUACGUGCUAGGCGACGCCCUUGGCACACAGCGCGGCUACAUGCCAGUGGGCAACUAUACUGCGGAUCGAUCAGUCGUUGAAAACCAGAAUGUGCUCUACAACGCGGGCUACCCAGGCGAUCUCUCAAGCGGUCAACAGCUCUACAUGUCCGACAGCCGCGACAGCUAUCUAUACCUUUCAGGCUCUUGCGCUAAUGGUGGCCCCAUCGUUGGAAACUGUGAUGUGGCCGGAGGCAUGUCUGGCGGCCCUUUAUGGCGCCGCUCUGGCGACGAUAGAUGGACAUAUGGUGGCUUGUAUGGCACAGCUGUUGAUGCUACGGGAACUCAAGUGUCCAUUCACUCUUGGGGAGACUCGUUCAUCGAAGGAGUGAAGAACCUCAAUGCGCAAUACCCAUCCUAA